CAUUCUCAUUCAUUUCAUUGUACUAACUGCUAACAUCAACAUCCAAAUUUACGGAUAUUCAAGUCGAAUUUUGUAAAUCAAUUUAUUUGCUUGUAAUAUUUUUAUUGACGAUGGCGGCCAUCGCCUACCAUACUUUGAGUUUGGUUAGCAAUAGCGACCACUUAAACUUUAUUCAGGACUUUCGCGAAGCCUUUGGCAAUGACGGCAUGUAUGCCUUCGAAUUGAUCAACAAAGCCGCCGACGCCUGGCAGGGGCUGACUCCCACCGAGAAGCUGCAGUUCGAGAGGGAGCAGUACCUGGCUGCUCGUAUCGCUGACCUGGAGCGUGUGAGGCGCGGGGAGUCUAAGGGUCUGGUGUGGGCCCAGCAGAAGAAAGCCUUCCGCAAGCUGGCAAAGCGCGGACAGGCCAAGUACACGGCCGAGUUCAAGGUGGAAGGCAUGCAAUGGAGACGCUUCGAGAAAAAAGAGCCCCAGCUCAAGCGGGACGAUGACCCAUUGCUCGAAUAUAAAUCCUGUUAUUUCACCGUGUUGGUGAAAUACGCAAAAUAAAUAAAAAACCUUUUUGGUGGACAAGUUAACACA